GAAACAACCGAGUAUUACAGUACUGUGGCUAAUAUUAAAGUGGCCUCGUGACUCUAUUAAACUGCAGUUCCUGAGGGGCGAUGGGGGUGUACGUGCUAUCUGACUGUCACUAGCAAAACCACAACAUUGUAUCCCGAUGCGAUUACAGUUUGCAUUGCACAAGCCGGGACAAGCGGAACUAACUAAUAAGCAGCAGGUCUUGACACUAGGAGCAAGUUGAUCGAUGUACUUAAAUAACAGCAACAAGCGGCAGCUCCUCGGCGUCAACGUAAAAACAUGGACGACUACCAAAAUUGGAUGGCUGGCUUGGACGUAGACAACGAUCUUCCCCAUUUUGUUAAUCUUGGAGAUGGAAAUGAGGAAGCAUUCGAUAAAGAUGUCACCUCAGAGGGGACACCCAAAGCCACACUGCAUGGACGAAAGAAAGUCUUAGCGCCGUACGUUACCGACCUUGUUAAUCUUCGCCAUUUCCUGCAGGAAUCCGAACAUUCUCUGCAGAGCGCCGAGAGUUUACCGAUGCUGUCUGGCCUUCUUGGAUCCCGUUAUUCGCAUGGAGUAUCAUUGCCUACAGCAGGGGAAAAUUUGCCUGUGAACUCCAGUGAAAGUACUACUAAGUUUAAUCCAAAUCUUCCGCGAAAUCAAUCUUGCAGCAGGUUGGAUGCCAGAGACCAAGUGAAAAUGCACUUGCUCGGUCUUGGAGACGCUUUAUUGGAAAACAAGGCUUUCUUGGAUAAGAUGCGUGAACUGCGGAACCGCAUUAAAAAAUCUGCCCCGAAAUAUUUUGGAAAACCUCCGAAUUUGCAGGAAUGUAAGCAUCGGGCACCGAACCUGACCACGCUCCAAUUUCGCUCGUUGGAGCAUAGUUACGCAACGAUGAAUGGGAGCAACUUGAGUCUGCAUUGCCGAUCCAUGUAUUCAGCUCCUUAUGUGCGCGAUACGAUGGUUAAGAGGUUGGGAACACGGCGGAAGACGAAUCAGCCAGUGUCGGAUAUUGUUCUUACGGUGCACAUACAUCGCGGAAAACCAUCAAACCAUAAUAACCAAGUGCCAAUAGCGAAAUUUUUAGUUUUGUACUGUCUUGGCGCACAUACACUGGAGGACUUGGCUAACCUGAUUCAGUGUCCUUUUGAUUCCACCGUGGCAAAAGAAAGCGCUGAAAAUAACGGCAAAUUUUUUACGGACGAGAGCUGGAAAACCGAAAGACUGUUCUGUAUCGAGCACACACUUUUCACAGAUGCCCUUGACUUAGAAUCUUCCAGAGCAAGACAUUAUCAGGAAUGGUGUGAAGCUACCAGUUUUUCGAAGGAGGAGAUGGUAAUCGAACCGCUGAAAUCUCGUUGUUUGCUGGACAUUCCUGUGCGCCUAGGCUAUCCCUAUUUGUACAAACACGGCCUAGCUGGAUGUGAGCAUUCGAUUGUUUUCUCGGACGCGCGACUGUUUGAUGAGGAGGAUGUGGAACCUGGAAAUUUUCCACGGGUGAUUAUGAAGAACACAUUCCGCCUUCCGGCUUGUUUGAUUUGCCGUAGAGGAAAGGAUAAGCUAAGAAUAAUCUGCGGACCUAUAACCCUACACCUGGGCCCUGCUGAUUGCAGCUUUGAUUUAGAGUAUAUUGCCCGGUUUUCGAACAUUUUUCUGGUUUCGCUUAAGAAGGAUUUAACAGAGAUAUGUCAGAACGUCGUUGUGCAUUUCAGAUUUCAUAUCAGUAAAUCUGAACGGUUUCCGGCAGCAAUAGCAUACGUUUGCGAAACAUGUAAUCAGUUGUUUAAUUACGACAACAACAAUCAGCAAUGGGAACCGCAGGCUGUGAUAACUGACUGUAGCUCAAGUCAGGGGAAUUCAAAUGAAAACGCCCUGGACGGUGAUAUGGAUGAUGAUGAUAAUGGGGACGAGUAUGAUUACGAUGAUUAGAAAAUGAUCUGCGAUUCGCUAUUCUCCCUUUAACCGGGCUUUUUGCACCGACUGGAUCUCGUUAUUGGGCAACGGAGCCCCGAAAUAAAUCAUUUCUUUGUUUUUAGUUCUUAUGGCCAUUGUUGUUUGUGGUUUCUUAUGGCAUUUGUUAAUUGUUUUUGGUACUAUGCAGAAUGUUAGCUGUAUGUCUGCGUGGAAUCAGGAUUUUGUAAAAGUAACUGGUAAAAGAAUUUACCUGUUCCAGUUCGUGACCCCUGAAUGUGCGGCAAGAAAUGAACCAGAUGCAAAAUUCGUAAA